AACAAUACCCAAGAAGGAAAAAAGAAAAGGAAAGAAUUAAAGGUAGCAAGCCAAAGAAGAACCAUGAUGAAAGUUGCUAAUUUGAUAGCAGUUUUUAUUCUCUUGGCUCUGGCUUCCUCAUUUGUCACUGCCUAUGACCCCAGCCCCCUCCAAGACUUCUGCGUAGCAAUAGAUGAUGCUAAUUCUGCUGUUCUUGUUAAUGGAAAAUUGUGUAAGAAUCCAAGCCUCGCCACUCCUGAUGAUUUCUCGUACUCGGGGCUUGAUGUUCCUGGAAACACAUCAAAUCAACUUGGAGCACGUGUUAAUAUCAUUACAGCCGAUCUAAUGCCUGGGCUUAACACUCUUGGCGUAUCUUUAGCACGGAUAGACUUGGCGCCAAACGGUGGCCUAAACCCUCCACAUUAUCACCCCAGAGGAUCGGAGGUUCUGCUGGUUUUGGAAGGCACUCUUUAUGCUGGCUUUGUCACCUCAAAUCCUGAUCAUCGUCUCUUUACCAAAAUCCUAAAACCAGGAGAUCUCUUUGUCUUCCCAUUCGGCCUCAUUCACUUUCAAUUGAAUAUUGGAAAGACUCCUGCCGUUGCUAUUGCUGCAUUAACAAGCCAAAAUCCAGGAGUAAACACCGUAGCAAAUGCAAUCUUUGGAGCCAGUUGGCCUCUUUAUCCUGAAGUUCUCACCACAGCAUUCCAUUUGGAUGAAAAACUGGUGGAGGAUCUCCAGAGUCAAGAAUGGGUGAACCCUACAUGAAUAGUUUCUAAA